CUACUGGGCAAUGCAGACCUCUGAUGCGUUCUGUAUUGGCAUUGGAAACAGGAAUAUUGCCGGAAGUUGUUCCAUGCUUCCUUCUGAAACGUCCUUGGCCUCUGAGUUGGUUGAACUUAAACUAAGUGGCUUGAUGAACAAUGCUACAAUAUGGUACGACAUGUACAAAACAGACUGUGGAAAGUUCAGUUCAGACUGGCGGUGUCAGGAUGCAGUGAAAAACUGUUAUGAAUAUGAUGAUGAUUUGUGCACACAUCCUGACUACACUGAAUGGGUUGACCAGAACUGUAGACUGUUUUGCGGCAGAUGUUCGCCAGACAAUUUUGGAAGAAUGUUUGUGUACCAACCAGCCCCGUGGAACUCUGUAAGAUAUGAUCAGUACUUGAAAAUUGUAGGGUAUAAUGGAAGUCUGUUCAGGGUUGGUGUUGAAACCGGAAGUGAAUUUGUAACCGCAUACGAUAAAAUUGUAGAAGAUCGCGGGGAGACAAAUGUAUCCUGUUCCAGUUUUCAAGUGUCUGACAUCAGUGACCCAAUCUUUAUUUUUACCGAGGACGAUUCUGCAAUAUAUUUUAGUUUCCACUGGAAUAACAUGCAUUCAAAGUUGCUGCAGCCGCUAGAUGCCAUUGGCGACGAAUACAUGACAAUUCAUUUUGGUUCAUCGGAUUUAUACUGCUCUGCAAUUGCUUUAGAGUCCGGAACGUCAUCGGAUGUUUUCGUCGGAAGUCAGAUUCUGUCACACCAAAACUAUGUUUCAUUUUUUGAAAUCUUGUCAACAUAUCAAACUGGAACGCUCUUUACCGGAAAUAAACCAUUCGCAAUGUUUUGCGGGACAGACGAGAAUGCCGAAUAUGGACUUUCCUGGUUCCAGGUUCCGGCAACAAAAACCUGGGGAACCCAUUAUAUCACACCGGCUUUAGGUACCACUGGUAAUUCAGGGAAGCUCGCCAAGAUAAAAAUCGUUGCAAAUAGCAAUAACACUGUAAUAGAAGUACACGGAGAUUUUGACGGCAUAUAUAUUCUUUUGGCACGUGGCGAUUCAAAAGAACUAGAAACGGACGCUUUCGUUACAUAUAACAUUUCUUCAAAUUUUCCAGUCGGCGUUGCUAUUAUGUUCUACUCCGAUAGCGCUUCUAAUACAAAAGCAAGUUUUCACGUCAUCCCCCCGGUAGAAGCCUUUAUGGACAAUCCAGUCCUUCUCGGAUAUGUUGACUUUUCUGACAACGUCUCUUCCUUGACGGAAACAUCCCAUUUUGGUAACGUAUCAGAGUACACUUUCAACGAUACCGACUUACCAGCUGGGGAGUUUUACUUUUUGUCGGCAGAAUCCAGCUCAUUUCUAUUGUUUGCACGUGAAUUUCCUACGAACGAGAUUGACAUCACUCCUUCAGCAUCAUUGUAUAAAGACUUUUCCACGGGUCAGAUAUGUCGUCUUGGGAGCGGCACUGUAGGAGACGGGACUGACACGGACUGUGAUGGUCUUGCCGACGAGGAAAAUGUAUGUUACAUCGGUUAUGGCACUACAAAGCAAGAUUAUGAUCUGGAUGGAGCAUUUGGCGAGGACUGUGAAACAAGUGAAGAAGGAACAGUGACCUUGACAGCACCAGAGGAGCCGCAGUGUUACACAGAGAUCCCCGAGCAGACAGACACUGGCUGUUUGAAAAAAUGUGCGUGCCCAUGUUCCUGGCGGAAAAGCUUGGGUGAAUACCAGAACAUGAACAAAUCCGAGCAAGACGCAUACAAUCAGGCGCAAUCGGAGAAAUAUCAGAAGGACAUGGAAGUUGACGAGGAAAGUUUAUCAUCCACUGUAGCAGAGAAACAGAGCGCGGAGGAUGAACGACAAUCUUCGAAGAGUAUUGGGUUUGCUGGUGUCAUUUUCAUCUUGAUCGUGGUGGGUGUGAUCGUGAUAUUUGACAUCAUUAACGUCAUACAAAAAAUAAAGGACAGAAGGAAUGCUGUUGAGGAGGUUCAAUAGACAAGUAUAGCUAAACAGUGUGCAGUGCCACAGCAAAAACCGAUUAGCUGGAUGCACCUGGAUGUAGUUUAAGCUUUAGGGCCUACAGAUUAAGAAAUAAUCUAUUUGGUUCUGGGAAAUUAGACAAUGUUGUGAUCCAGGGAUUUCAUUUCUUCAAGUUUUUACCUUAACCCAGCAAACCUGUGUUGACAUAUAGUAGCAACAACCACAGGAAAGAUAACUCUUGCAAAGCCUUGAUUCAGGAUUUCCAAAAAAUGUGUCCACGAAAGAAAUGAAAUGCACGCAUUCGAAACAUAUCUUAUCAUGUUACAUAGAGGGUGUUUAAAAUACGGUAUGAUUUUUAAGACUUAAAAUGUGCAGAUAACAGAUGAUUUAUAUGAGCCGCGCCAUGAGAAAACCAACAUAGUGCGUUUGCCGAUGAUCCGCACAGACUGGUCAGGAUCCAUGCUUUCAAAACCUAUUGCAGUUAGGGAAACCGUUAGCGAACAGCAUGGAUUCUGACCCGUCUGCACGGAUGGUCUGGAUCCAUGCUGGUCGCAAACGCACGAUGUUGGUUUUCUCAGAUAUUUUAACGGAGUCGUGUAAUCAUAACGUUUAUUCAAAUCAUAUUAGAUCUAGGGUCAUGGGCGUAAAGGCGCACAUGGUUUAAUGUAGUCAAUGCUUUAUAUUUUUAGUCCCGAUUUAUGACAAAAAGGUUUUAUUGCCAUUGCUUCCUUAUUAUUUUAUGCGCGUGUAGUUAUUUUUGUAUGCUAUGUGUAUCUUAAAAUACGUACUCAUUUUUAUUAGAAUCACACUCUGUUGUUAUUUCUAUAUCUUACAAUGCACAAUAACGUACAAUAAAUCUUUGUCUGGCGA